AUGACUCAAAGCAAAGACAAACAAGGAUCACCAACAAUUUAUGAUAUUGUACGAGCAAAUAAUGUUAAAGAACUUGAACUAAUUGUUGGUCAUGGCGCUAAUGUUAAUGAAGUUGAUGUACGUAAUGAAGAUAAAUUUACACCUUUACAUUGGGCAGCUCAUUCGGGAAGUUUAGAGUGUAUGCAUUGGCUUCUAUGGCAAGCAGCUGAUGUAGAUGCUACAACACCUAAAGGAUGGACACCUAUUCAUAUUGCUUCAAUUCGAGGACAUGAUGCAUGUGUACAAUCUUUACUUAAUAAUAAUGCUAAUAUAAAUACACGUGAUCGACGUAAUCAAACUUGUCUUCAUAUGGCUUGUGCACAUGGGAAUUCGUUUGUUGUUCAUACUCUUUUACGUGGAGGAGCAGAUAUUCAUCAUUUGGAUGUGAAUGGAUGGACGCCAGCUUUUACUGCAGCAUAUCAUGGAAGACUUGGAUGUUUGCAGAUGCUUGUUAAAUGGGGUUCUAAGUUAGAUGAUGUGGAUAAUGAAGGAAAUACCGUUGCUCAUCUAACAGCCAUGGAAGGUCAUUUGCCAUGUUUAAAAUUCAUUGUCUCAAUCAAUCGAGAUAUAACAGCGGUCUUAGGUGCACGUAAUGAUCACGGUGAUACACCUAAGGCUCUCGCUGAACAAUUUUUCAAAGAAGAUUGUUGUACAUAUUUGAAUGCACUCGAAUGGGAACAAGAUCAUCCCGAACAAGCAGAAAAUCUUGCUUUUCCUGCACAUGUGGCUGCAUACAACGGCGAUUUAGAACAUGUUAAAUUAUUAAUUGAACAAGGUGUUGUUAAUAUCAACGAACGCGAUGAACGUGGUGCUACAUUAGCACAUAAAGCAGCUGGGCAAGGACAUUUAAAAAUUCUUCAAUGGUUACUCGAAAUGGGUGCCUCCAUGGAAUUAACAACUCAAAGUGGAGAAACGGCAAAAGAUGUAGCACGUCGUUUUAGUCAAUUAGCUUGUUUGAAAAUCUUAGGUGGUGAUGCAGAUAAAUCUGAAACUAAUCCACAACGUUUACUGAACGAAUCAGCGAAACAAGGUCAUCGAAAAAAAUUAACUCCCAAAGAAGAAGAACGCCUACGUGCAAAAGCAAAACUUGAAGAAUUAGAAAAACAUAUUAAUAUAGCAAAAAAAAAUUAUCGACAAUUAGGCGGAAAAUUAGAUGAAGAAGAACAAAUAGAAAAAAUUGAACAAACCGCACAAAAGCGAAUCGACGAGCUCGAAGCUCAAUUAGAAUUUGAAAGGCUUAAACGAGAAAAACGUGAAGCAGAAUUAGAUGCAUGUCGAAAUGAAAUUGUUCAUCUUGUGGCUACUUUAAGAUCGUACGAAGAUAAAAUACGACAUUCGCAACAAAGACCACCGAGUAGAACAUGUGAACCAAAACCUAAAAAGUCAACGUCAGAUUCACAAAAACGACAAAAACAAACAGAAAAACAAACAGGAGUUGUAUUUAUGCGUCGAAAUUCAGUGAAUUCAUAA